UCUAUUUCUUUCUCUCCUUUUCUCCUUUCAACUUCAUUCCAUCCACCCAAAGGGCCAAGGCCUCUCCCUUUCCUCCCAACCCCCAUUGCUCUCAGUGGGUUUUGUUUUCCAUUUUUCUCACCUAUUUAUUUUUUUCUACAGAAAAAUAAACAAAAGAAAGGUCUUUUCAUCACCCACCCGGAUUAUCUGGGCCAGUUCUUUCGAUUUUCUGCUCCGGAUUGUUUUCAUAGAUCGGUUUCUUCAUCUGGGUCUGCCAAAGUACAAAUAGCGUAUUAUCUAUACUGAAGAUUUCUUCAAGUUCUUUACGUUUCUUUUACAAGAAGAUUCAUAUCAGCCCUAAUGCAAGGGCAGAGGGGUACUAUUGGUUCCUUGCCUGAAUUCCUAGAUUUUGACCAUGGAAGUGCAUCAAACGAUGCUGCUCUAGAUCAGCAAAUUUGCUGGAAUAGCACACGGAAUCCACGGAAUCCUGCAGAAAGGAUUCCGGACUAUGUACAAUCACCCGGUGAUAUGAAUGUUGGGUUUGUGAAUUCUAUGGGACAGGAGCGACAACACUUGAGUAGAUGGUGCCUAGGUGAACCUAGUUCUAGCAACUCACAGAGUGAGGCAAGUACUGAUGAGCGGAAACCAGAUCUUGGAUGGUCAUCUUCAGUGGAUCCUUGUGUAGAAGCUGCUUCAAGAAUAGAGGAGCGACACUAUGAAUCAACUAAUAACCUUUCACUGGACAACAAUGUGAAUACUUUUUUUACACAAAGUUCCAGUUCUGAUGCAAUCCCACAGAAUCUGAACUUGAAUGCAGGUUUUGCGGGCCAUGGUGGUGAUAAUAGUCAAGUAAUGGAAUGUCCUAACACAUUCAAGUAUAAUGUUUCUGAAAAUGAGCAAAUUCGCCCUCCUAGCAGUUCUAAUUCCUUUAUGCUUCCUUCUGGAAGUGCUGGAUUUUUAAUGGGAGAGAAUGAUGGCAGAUCGGGUAGUUCAUUGGAGGGGCGUCGUGUAUCUUGUAAAAGAAAGGCCAUGGAGGGAAAUAUAGGGCAGUCUUCUCUAAGUGGAAGUUGCAGUUACUUUCAGCAUACAGACAGUGGUGGAAGGACUGUUCCUGCUCACUAUAAUGCAGUCAGCAGCCUUAGCAUAUCUACUCCAUCAGAACCGGGGAAUUCAAGACUUGGAGUAGUUGGGGGAGCACUUACUUCCGACAGCCUUCCUGAUUCAAAUGUUGGAAGAAGCUCAGAAAGCACUCAUAGGAACUUCCGUGUGAGGAUAAACCCUUCAAAUCAGCAAAAUUCUAUACACUCUAAUAGGUUCUUGACAGGGAGGGCUGCUAGGCAUUCUAGUAUUUCCUCUUCGAAUCAUUCACCAAGUCUUCUUCCAGUUGAUCAUAAUAUGGACCUGAGACCAGCACCAGCUCUAGAUAAUAUGAGUUCACAGAACCAGCCAGUUGUCAUCCAUGUUCCUGCUUUGCCGCAAAAUGUGCAAUCGUUGAGAUGGAGUGGAGGGUCUAGCUCAAGAACUGGCAGCUUAUCAAAUUCUGUGGUUUAUGGAGACAGAGAUGCUCCACAGCCUCCACCACGUGAGGAAGGGAGCUCAAGAAGCAUGGCCAGACACAUUUUGGAUCAUCCUAUUUUCGUACCAGCAACUGAAUUGAGAAAUUCAGCUCGGCAUCCUGCAGGUGCAUCUAACAGAAAUUUGCCUGGUGGAAAUGCAAGUAUUCCUGGUAAUGUUGCUUCAGCAUCCCGGACUGGCACAAGUUCAGGUGUUAAUCCAGCAGCUGCACCUACGUGGGUUCCUCCUCACAAUUCUCAUCCGCAAUUUCCUCGAAGAUUAUCUGAAUAUGUUCGCCGAUCGUUAUUUUCUGCUUCUGGUAGUGAGCCUGGGAGUCAGGGCACUAAUUAUUUGCCUCUGCAUUCGGGUCCUGCAUCAUCACCAGAGGUUGAGAGUUCAUCUGGUACUGGUAACCAAAGUCAUCAUCGGUCUCACCCAAGGUCAGCAUCUUGGAUGGAGAGACAUGGCGAUGGUGGACUUGGACUUCCAUAUUCAUUACGGACUUUGGCUGCUGCAGGCGGUGAAGGAAGUAGCAGGCUGGUAUCUGAGCAGAUUUGCAAUGUCCUGGGUCUCAUGCGAAGGGGCGAGAGCUUGCGAUUUGAGGAUGUUAUGAUUCUUGAUCAGUCAGUCCUUUUUGGGGUGGCAGAUAUUCACGACCGACAUAGAGACAUGCGACUUGAUGUUGAUAACAUGUCUUAUGAGGAAUUAUUGGCUCUGGAAGAGCGUAUCGGAAACGUGAACACUGGAUUAAGUGAAGAAACCAUAUCAAAGCGCUUGAAACAUAAGAAGUAUAUUGCAGUAGGAUCUUCGGCAGAUACAGAGCCAUGCUGUGUAUGCCAGGAGGAAUACAAUGGUGGAGAAGAUCUUGGAACGCUCGAAUGCGGACAUGAUUUCCACAGCGAGUGCAUAAAACAAUGGCUGAUGCACAAGAAUUUGUGCCCCAUCUGUAAAACUACAGCCCUGGCAACAUGAGGUCGACGACGUCAAAUGUUUUUGCAGGCUAGUUUUUCUUCAAAUUAGGUAAGGAGGGUUGCUUAUGGAAUCAGUCUGCCUACAUAUGGGCUCACUGAGUCCCAAUGCCUCGAUGCUUUCACCUUUCCGUGUUGGUCGAGUUGAAGUUGGUCCAAAGCACUACUUCAAGCGCCCGAGCGGAAAAUUACCUUAAUUAUUUUUUAUUUUAUUUAAAACCAGGCCUCUUAUUGGAGGCAUCACAUUUCGAAGUUGGAAAAGCAAAACUGAUACUGACUUUUCAUUUUAUCAAUGAAUGAUUAGGCUUCUAUGUUUUUUUGUUA